UUCGGCAAUAUGCCUGAUCAAAUGUUUUACUGUAUUUUGCAAUGCACAUAAGAACAACGAGCCGAUUAUUGACAUGUAUAUAUUUACUCCAUGUUCCAAUUCAAAAAAUCUAAUUGAAUAUAUUUUCACACACUUUAAAAGUUAUUAUUAUAUACAUUGUAUACAGGCAUAAAGUUCGGCAGCUUGUUAGUCGGGGGUCCUGGCAGUUGUAGGCGCUGUUCCAAGCAAGCUGCAAAACACAAAUCGAUUGUUAAUUUUGUGUUUGUUUACAUUUUCCAAGCGAACAAAUGGCUACGACUUUGUUAUCGCCCAUGGUGGAUUAUUACAACGACGAAGAAGAACUGGACAGCGUGGAAGACGACGAUGACCGAAGUUUCAGGGGAAGAGACUCGGAAGAAGACACGGAAGAUGCCAGUGAAACAGACCUUGCCAAGCACGAUGAGGAUGACUUUGUGGAAAUCAAAGAGCAAAUGUACCAAGACAAACUGGCCUCUCUGAAAAGACAGUUGCAGCAAUUACAAGAAGGUACGCUGCAGGAGUAUCAGAAGAGGAUGAAGAAGCUCGACCAGCAGUACAAAGAGAGACUCCGAAACGCCGAUCUGUUCCUCCAACUAGAGACGGAGCAGGUGGAGAGGAACUACAUCAAGGAGAAGAAGGCGGCGGUAAAAGAGUUCGACGAUAAGAAGGUGGAGCUGAAGGAAAACCUGAUUGCAGAGUUGGAGGAGAAGAAGAAGAUGAUCGAGAAUGAAAAGUUAACGAUGGAGCUGACGGGCGACUCGAUGGAGGUCAAACCGAUCAUGACUCGGAAACUGAGGAGGCGGCCCAACGAUCCGGUGCCAAUACCAGACAAGCGGAGAAAACCUGCACCAGCUCAGCUCAAUUAUUUGUUAACAGACGAACAGAUAAUGGAUGAUUUAAGAAUACUUAAUAAGCUUAAAUCACCUAAACGGCCAGGGGUCUCGCCCUCUCCGGUGUCCCCCUCGUCCCCAGAGCACGUCCCCUCCGCCCCCAUCGAGAGCCCCUCCCAGCGCUACGAGGCCCGCAUCGAGGAGGGAAAGCUCUACUAUGACAAGCGAUGGUACCACAAGAGCCAGGCCAUCUAUCUGGAGUCAAAGGACAACACAAAGAUCAGCUGUGUAAUCAGCUCAGUGGGGACCAACGAGAUUUGGGUGAGGAAGACGAGUGACAGUACGAAGAUGAGGAUCUACCUGGGGCAGCUGCAGAGGGGAGCGUUUGUCAUCCGCCGGCGGUCGGCCGCGUGAAAUCCCCCCUCUUCAUUUAUCCAUCUGCUGAUUCCCCCGCUUUGCCACGUCUCACACAGACCGUCUUGCUCUUCAUCGUCAGCGCAGUCUUCCGUGGCCACGAAUAAAAUCUCUCUCCACAAAUGAUACCCAGUGAAAGUGGAACCGGCUGUUCUUCCCGGCGUUAUUUGUCACUGUGUGGCUCGUGAAGGCAGCCGGCGGUCACCACGCUCUUCACUUUCACCUUUAACUUAUUAUUGUUCAACCGCCUCGCGUUGACCCACCGGAACAAUCUGUCAACCUUUCAAAGUGUCUCUGCUGAGCGGGAAAUGAAGCUGUAGCUGCUGCAGGUUUGGGAUGAUUCUCAGAAAUCCCUCGACGAAAGAACUCGAGUGUCCGUAAACAAAGUUGUCGUUUUUUUCCAAACGAUGCCUUCUUCGUCAUCGGGAACCGGCGGCUCGAUGCGCAGACGGCUCGAUGCGCAGACGGCUCGAUGCGCAGGCGGCUUGUCCUCAAAACACAUAUUUGAAAGUCCUCUGUAUAAAACCCGACUUUUUAUUUUGAAAAAACAGUGUAAUUUCUUUUGCCGUUGUGAGAUCCGACCUGACGAGUCGACUGAUUUGUACCGUUACAUUUUAUUAAAAUGUUUUCUGCAUUUUAUUAAUUUGAA